AUGAUAUGGAUUCAAUCGUCAUUCCAGUGGACAGAGCAACUGUUUACCUCGAUAAAUCACUCAAGGUUUUGGGGCUUCACACCGAAGCUAGAACAUCGUUCAUAACCUACUGGCUACCAUCUAUCCUUAAACAUGAAUACAUUGCCCUCCGAUUCGUCCCUCAAGCGGCAUAUGAACGCGCCGCUUCUUUAAGCAUUUCUCCGCAGCCUGACGUCGUGACUCGCGUAUGCAUGUUGUUCAAAGGUAUCCGGAAGGAGCACCUAGAAAUUUGGGCGAAUGCACAAAUGCAAGCAGAAAAAGACGUUGCUUGGUGGGUGGAUGUAGUUGGAGUUGAUCCUGCAAGAGCUGGUGAUGCGAAUUUGUUCAGGGUGUUGGAGUGGGGCGGAAUGGAGGUUCUCAUUUGAUAUUCUGUCAGAUUAUUCAAAUAUGUGUAAGUGUUAUCGCGUUUUAUCUUGAUCGGUUCUGCAUCCGACGUGAGCUCGACGGUGUCCGCGAAAUAGAUGCAUAUGAUUAAACAUGCCCGCAGUUGAAAA